UCCUGCUGAUUUAAAUUUUAGGUUAUAUAUAUAUUUUGGGUUAUACACGUUUGCCUGGUGCUUCAAAGUAUUUAUUUGUUAAACGAUGGAGAAUCAGCCGAAGAAGGCAAUGACGGAGGAGGAGAGGGCAGCUCUGGCCACAAAGCUGGACAAAGAAUUGGACGAGUUCAUAGCAAAUUUACCGAAAAGGGAACGAAACAAUGAACCACCAGAUGAAAAUUGGCUUGAGGAAUUUGAUAAGCAUCCAUUCUUCAUGAAGAAGUUGCCUGAACCUGGAGAGGAAAUGCAUCCUCUAUAUGAAGGACUGCAGCAACUGAAGUAUGAUCCAAAUGAAAAUACUCCUGAUGAAUUGGCAAUUUCUUAUAAGGAUGAUGGAAACUUCAAUUUUAAGCACAAAAACUAUCGAAUGGCAAUAAUAUCUUACUCUGAAGGGCUCAAAGUGAAAUGCGGAAAUCUUGAGGUUGAGGCUACGUUGUAUAAUAACCGAUCAGCGUGUCAUUUCUUUUUGAAAAAUUAUAGAUCUUGCAUUAGAGAUUGCGAAUGGGCAUUGAAGAUAAAGCCAGAAUAUAGAAAGGCGGCGGCGAGAGCAGCGACGGCAUGUUUGGAGUCCAGACGCUACGAAGAUGCUGUUCAAUUUGCCGAGAAACUAUUGGAAAUGAAGCGCGAUGAUGAGGAGGCCUUAGACGUUCGGAGUAAGGCCUUGGCGUUUCAGAAGGAGGCAGAGAGGGACGCAAGGAAGCAAAAGGCGGUAGAAAAGAAGAGACGAAAAAAGGAAUCUGAGCUUUUGGCCGAAAUAUCGAAGAGGAACCUUAUCCACGAAGGUGGUUUGACCAUAGACAAGCUGAAGCCCAAAUUCCAGGAACUGAUGGAAUUCCCUGUGGAUUUGGUGGAUGGGGCCCUGUUUUGGCCGACGGUCUUCGUCUAUCCGGAAUAUCAGUUCAUGGAUUUUGUGCAAGAAUUCAACGAGAACACAAUUUUAAUGGAGCAGAUGAAGAAUGUCUUUGAGGUGAAUCCAGAAUGGGACGUCGCGAAACAAUAUAGUGCACAAAAUCUGAAUGUUUACUACGAGAGCAAAAAUAAAGUAUUCAAAGUUGACACGAAUAAGAGUUUAGGCGAAAUAAUCCAGAGCAAAGAUUUCGUAAUUCGAUGUGGAACACUGUCGUUUAUGUUCUUUCCGAGAGGCAGCAAAGCCGAAACUGACUUCCUGGAUAAAUAUUAAUAAAACUGGGUCAUUAAGGUACAAAAAUAAAACCACGUUCCAAUUAACUUGUGUCUUUUCAUUUUGUUUUUUUUUU